GUCAUCAAGAACGUGCUGGAGGUGCAGGGCAUGGAGGUUGGCGAGCAGACCUUAGAGGCCGAGGCCGAGCGAGAGGCCGAGGCGGAGCGGGAAAUGGAAGAAGAGGAAGAGGAGGAACGUGAGCAGCAGAUCGAGAUUGAGAAGUUCGUGGACCUCAUGUACUGCCGCGACAGCGAAGAGCCCAACAGCUGGCCUUUCGCCAGCCUCACUGAAGAGAGCCCGUCUCAGUUCUACCCGGCCAACCAGUUCCGCCUCUUCAAGGGCCGGAGCCUGGAGACCUUGCCCAAG